AUGUCUGGACCUGCUGGUUCUCCCUUCCACCAGAACUCCACUGGUCCACUACCCAGACCCGCUGGUCCACUGGUCCACUACCCAGACCCGCUGGUCCACUACCCAGACCCGCUGGUCCACUACCCAGACCCGCUGGUCCACUACCCAGACCCGCUGGUCCACUGGUCCACUACCCAGACCCGCUGGUCCACUACCCAGACCCGCUGGCCCACUACCCAGACCCGCUGGUCCACUACCCAGACCCGCUGGUUCACUGACCCGCUGGUCCACUACCCAGACCCGCUGGCCCACUACCCAGACCCACUGGUCCACUACCCAGACCCGCUGGUCCACUACCCAGACCCGCUGGUCCACUGGUCCACUACCCAGACCCACUGGUCCACUACCCAGACCCGCUGGUCCACUACCCAGACCCGCUGGUCCACUGGCCCACUACCCAGACCCGCUGGUCCACUGGCCCACUACCCAGACCCGCUGGCCCACUACCCAGACCCGCUGGUCCACUACCCAGACCCGCUGGUCCACUACCCAGACCCGCUGGUUCACUGGUCCACUACCCAGACCCGCUGGUCCACUACCCAGACCCGCUGGUCCACUACCCAGACCCGCUGGCCCACUACCCAGACCCACUGGUCCACUACCCAGACCCGCUGGUCCACUACCCAGACCCGCUGGUCCACUGGUCCACUACCCAGACCCACUGGUCCACUACCCAGACCCGCUGGUCCACUACCCAGACCCGCUGGUCCACUGGCCCACUACCCAGACCCGCUGGUCCACUGGCCCACUACCCAGACCCGCUGGUCCACUACCCAGACCCGCUGGUCCACUGGUCCACUACCCAGACCCGCUGGUCCACUACCCAGACCCGCUGGUCCACUACCCAGACCCGCUGGCCCACUACCCAGACCCACUGGUCCACUGGCCCACUACCCAGACCCGCUGGUCCACUACCCAGACCCGCUGGUCCACUACCCAGACCCGCUGGUCCACUGGUCCACUACCCAGACCCGCUGGUCCACUACCCAGACCCGCUGGUCCACUGGCCCACUACCCAGACCCACUGGUCCACUACCCAGACCCGCUGGUCCACUACCCAGACCCGCUGGCCCACUGGUCCACUACCCAGACCCGCUGGUCCACUGGUCCACUACCCAGACCCGCUGGUCCACUACCCAGACCCGCUGGCCCACUGGUCCACUACCCAGACCCGCUGGCCCACUGGUCCACUACCCAGACCCGCUGGCCCACUACCCAGACCCGCUGGUCCACUGGUCCACUACCCAGACCCGCUGGGCCACUGGUCCACUAUCCAGACCCGCUGGGCCACUGGCCCACUACCCAGACCCGCUGGCCCACUACCCAGACCUACUGCAGUCCCUGAUGUCUGCUGACUAA